ACCGCCUCUAUUCAUUAAAUAUGCUGAGAUGAGAUUUGGUGCCACCUGCGGUCAUCUUACCCUCCAGCUCCCCUUCAAGUGAACCAACUAUUGAACACCGCAGGUGUUAUAUAUAAACGUCUCCUUUUGCCUUUGCCUUUGGAUCGUCCUUGAUAAAUGCGAAUAAUCUCCACCAGAGCGCUUCGACAGUUCUCACCCAAGAUUUUUCAAUUAAACUCCCUCUCCCAUGGCCUGUGUUUAUCCAAGCUUCAUUAGAUGUCAGGUCUCGCUACAGUGUGUGCCAAGCUCAAUUUGAAGUUAAGCAUAUGCAGGGCAGACCUCAUGGCUUCUCCCCAUGGUGUUUUCCAACGGGAGGGUAUUGACGGCGCUGUCAGAAGUUUUUGCUUAGCUAAGCUCAGGUCCAGACUGAGGCUUGUGCUGGGGUAGAGACGCUGCUUCCGAUCGAUAGGUGCCAACCAGUUACAAUGAAGUCCUGUUCGCUCACCACACACACACACAUACAGACUGUGGCUCACACCCCCACUGCUAGCCAUCUUUCAAAAACUGGCUGUGGAGCGUGAAGCUGCCACACUGCAGGGAUAAAUCCCCACACAUGAUGUGCCGGCGCAAUGCAGAAAGAGGACGAGACUCCACUACAGCUACAGGGUCCUCAGAAAGACAGGGGAAUGAGAAAGCCAUCGGACAUGAGUCCGCGCCGCCUGUCAGAUAUCAGUCCUCAGAUCAGACAGCUGAAGUCCCUCGUCCUUGAUGAAGAUCUGAAUGAAGAGUUAAAGUCGUCGAGAUCCGUCGAGUACAUCCAAAAUGCCUCCAUAGAAGAGCGGAUACUGAGGAUCACUGGCUACUAUGGCUAUGAGCCUUGGAGCGCAUCUGUUAGAGGGGAGGAGCAGUCCAGCAGUGAGAAGGUGGAAGUGAAGGUGGAUGGUCAUUCUGGGACAGCCUUAUUAGAUUGUGCAGACAGGUUGCAGAGGCUCCGCUGCUGUUUGCAUUUGACUGCGGUGCAUCUACGCGGAGCACUGUGGGGUGUCGCUAUGGUCAUCUGCAUCUGCAUGUCUUGGUCAGGAAGCACUCAGUUGGCCAAAAUAACUGUUAGACGCUUGAAUAUCCCAUUCACCCUCACUUGGUUCUCCACCUCCUGGAACUGUGCCAUCUUCCCCGUCUACUACCUGGGUCACCUGUGCUGGAGCAAGGACAGACAGACCCCCAGACAGCGCUUUAGAGAGUGUUGUCAGUUUCUGGGAGAUGACGGCUUGUCUCUGAAGAUGCUGCUCUCUCGGGUGGCUCCCUUUGGAGUCUUGUGGACUCUCACCAGCUACUUAUACCUGCAAGGCCUUCGCAGAAUCCCUGCCACUGAUGCCUGUGCGCUGUUCUGCUGCAGUCGUGCCUUUGUCUUCCUCAUAUCCUGGAUCGUCCUGCGGGAUCGCUUCAUGGGAGUAAGGAUUGUGGCGGCCGUUUUAGCCAUCGGUGGGAUUGUUAUGAUGACAUAUGCCGACGGUUUCCACAGUUACUCUGUGAUCGGCAUCUCACUUGUCGUUGGGUCUGCAUCUACAGCAGCUAUUUACAAAGUUCUUUUCAAGCUUGUUUUGGGUAGUGCGAAGCUGGGUGAAGCGGCGGUGUAUCUUACCAUUCUCGGCGGAGCUAAUUUGAUCUUCAUUAGCGCUGUACCUCUCAUACUGCUGCUCACAGGGGCAGAGGACUUCAUUUCACCUAGAGAUUUACCCUGGUCAAGCAUAUGUGGCAUGUCUGCUUUACUACUGGUGUUCAACUUCCUGUUGAAUUGUGGUGUUUUGAUAACACUUCCUACUCUGAUUUCUCUGGGUGUUGUCCUCAGUGUGCCGGUCAAUGCUGUCAUAGAUCGCUACAUGUAUGACAUCCAGCUCAACAGCGUGCGCGUCAUUGCGGUAUCCAUCAUCUGUCUGGGCUUUCUUUUGCUCCUGCUGCCCGAGGACUGGGACCAGUGCCUGCCGCAAUUGCGAUCAAUCCUGCACAGCCGAAGACAACCACAAGAGAGCGCCAGAGACAAACACUCAGAGAUGCUUCAUAUACGACCCAGAGAGGCCAAAAACUGCAACUCCAAAACUACCGGUGUCCGCUGAAUCCCCGUUUGAUUCAAUCCACGAGCUUCGUAUGGGAAAACAACUCCUUUAAUGACUCUCUUGGACAUACAUGAUGCGCAUCAAGUAAUUGAAUGGGAAUAACUACGCUGAGAAAUAUCAAUAAAGGAAGGUGCUAUCCCUAGAAUAUUAGAAAACUGACUAAUUCUAUGCAAAGCUUUAAGAUUUGAUUGUUUCUGUACUGUCAAUGAUGAGUAAGUUAUUUUUUUAAGCACAACCAUGUGAGUUUGGAAAUUUGUAUAUUUAAUUGCCGCUUGAAGUAUAUUUGGUAACACUUUAGGUCACAAUUCACAGUAUUAACAAACCAUGAACUAACACUACAAGCGUAAUAAAUGACUAAUUAGCUGCUUUCCUAUUAAUAGUUAGUAGGGUAGAAGUUGGGUUUAGGUUUUGGGUAGGAUAAGGGAUGCAGAAUAAGAUCAUCCUUUAACAAACGGCUAAUAUCCUAAUAAUAGACAGGUAAUAAACCAGUAGUUAUUAGCAUGACUUGUGACCUAAACUAAAGUGUUACCGUAUAUUUGCCAAUAUAUUCACUGCAAAAAUAUUCCUAAUGAAUAAGCCCAUCUAUACUCACACUGGGUCUAUGCAUCAUUAAUAUGUAUAUGCCCGUGUUAUUGCCUCUUGUGUGAUCUGUAAGAAAGGCUAUUGCUAUUGAUUCAUCAUCAGAUUAAUCUCUUAUGUUGUAUCUUUAUCAGUGGCAAUAUUUUGUUCAUAUAUUCCUGUGGAAUUAAGGCUUGAUAUAAACCUUUGUAAGGAUUUUUGUUACUUCUCAAUAGCAAUAAUAAUCAAGAAUCAAUGUGUAUCUCAUGCAUACUGUCGC